UUUAUCUUGUCUAUAUUGUUGCUGCGUUGGUCCAAACAGCAUUCUAACCCCAUUCCUUCCCAGAAAGUAAGCAGUUGCAACAGAUGUAUUUCACACAUUACAGGCUACGAUGGGGUUCUGUUCCUGAGAACUGUUUGUACAUUGGAAUUGAACAAAACGUGUGUGGGAGAAGAUCACAGAAACAGCGGUAACAGGAGAGCGAGCAGGCUCGGGAAGAACGGCCACCAGCGGUCUCACUGACUCAAAGAAUUACUAGGCGUUGCCUCACACGGCGAAAAAAAAACGUGGACUCCAGCAGCACGGAGCCUCUGACGCAAUGAUGGCACAUUGCUGAAUAUAUCACAAGAUAUCUCUCACAUUCUUCGACUGGCAGCACCAAGACUAAGAGCGGCUCAUUAUCAUCUGUCAGAAAGCAGAAGACUGCCACUUUCACAAGGUUUACCCAUUGAAGUAUGACAGUGGCCUCGUGAACCACCCUGAGAUGUCCUACCAUAUUAAAGGACUAAACCUGAGAACAUAAAGUUUUCAAAAACUGAAAUGGAUCAUUUUCACAACAACAGGGGAAAUCCAAGCAUGUCAAAGCAAAGUGACAUCAACCUGGGCCCAUCAGCCAAUCCUUUUGCCAAACCAACAGACUUUGAUUUUCUAAAAGUUAUUGGAAAAGGGAGUUUUGGGAAAGUUCUCCUUGCGAAACGUAAAUCUGAUGGCAGAUUCUAUGCCAUCAAAGUCUUGCAGAAGAAAAUGAUCCUAAAAGAAAAUGAGCAAAAGAACAUAAUGGUAGAACGCAAUGUGCUACUGAAAAAUCUCAAGCAUCCCUUUCUGGUUGGACUCCAUUACUCCUUUCAAACAACUGAAAAGCUCUAUUUUGUCCUGGAUUAUGUAAAUGGUGGUGAGCUCUUCUUCCAUUUACAACGAGAACACACUUUCCCAGAGCCCAGAGCGAGAUUUUAUGCCUCAGAGGUUGCCAGUGCAAUAGGAUAUUUGCACUCACUCAACAUUGUGUAUCGGGAUUUAAAGCCUGAAAACAUUCUCCUUGAUUCUCAGGGUCAUAUCGUACUAACAGACUUUGGUCUUUGUAAAGAGGUAAUAGAACCAACAGGAACAACUUCUACUUUUUGUGGGACUCCUGAGUAUCUUGCCCCUGAGGUAUUAAGAAAACAUCCGUACGAUCGUACUGUUGACUGGUGGUGUUUUGGGGCAGUCCUCUAUGAAAUGUUGCUUGGAUUGCCACCCUUCUACAGUCGGAAUGUAGCUGAGAUGUAUGACAAUAUUCUCCACAAGCCACUCCACUUGCCAAUGAGCAUAUCAACAGCUGCUCGUGAUAUUUUGACAGGACUUUUACAAAAAGAUCAAAAGAGAAGAUUAGGAGCUCAAGCUGAUUUUCUUGAUGUCAAAAAACAUGCAUUCUUUUCAUCAAUUGCCUGGGAGGAUCUCUACCACAAGAGAAUUGCCCCGCCAUACAAUCCCAAUGUGGCUGGCCCUGGUGACUUACGGCACAUUGAUCCUGAAUUCACACAAGAAAUUGUCCCUAAUUCUGUUGGGCGCAUUCCUGACUCCACUAUUAACAGCCCAACUGCAACAAGUGCAUUUUUGGGAUUUUCCUAUGCUACUACAGAUGAUAAUUUGAGAAAUUAACUAAAUAUUUGAAUUGAGCUACCUAAAUAGAUAUUACUAGCAGAGGGAUGAUAAUGUCAUUAAAACUAAAAUGCUUCAGCCGAAUGGUUUCUGAGAAAUGGAUUCAUAUUUUGAACUAAUAAUAGUCUUGCAGUUCACUGAAAAAUGUAAUAGAAGAGAAUUUCUUAGUUUUUGCAGCAUUGCAUGCAAUCAGAGUCAUGCAUGAGUUUUUGAAUAUGCCUUGGCACCUCCAUUCUAAAUGUGUACCCAGUUUCCAUCAGGCUCAUUGAUGACAUAUGGGUCCAGUGUUCCAGCCCUCUGCAUGUCAACUGUGUUAAUGUUGUGCACCACUUGAAAUUCUCCCUUUUCAUUUCUUUCCAGCUGUACAAUGUUGGUCCUGCUGGCCCUGUUUCUAUCAGUAUAAGCCUGCAUAUAUUCAAAUGCAUACUUUUCAUACUAAAACAAGCCUGACAUGCACAAUCUCUAUCACUAAUUCCUGCACUUAAGAACUCUGUCUCACUUCGGAUAAUCAGUUCUUUAAUAGUAUUUUCUUAUAACAAAAUCUUACAUGGUGUCUUCCAGAAAUCUGGAACAUACACUGUAUUCUGUGCUUUAUUUUCUUCUGAAUGCCAACUAUUUGUUGACAAGUUGAAAUUUAAAUUCCUGAAAUCAAUGCUUGAUGUAAAACAAUUUCUUGCACUCCACACUUUUGGAAACAUUACUGUGCGACUUUAUCCAGAUGAUAUGAUCGUGUAUAUGCCUGAAAUUCUAAUGUGCUUCUAUUCCUCACUUUGAAAGGUGGAUUUAUUUGAUAUGUUGAGUACACGUAAAUGCAGUGUUAUAGUUUUGCCAGGUUUGAGGACUUCCAGAUUAAUGACAGGAAGAUGCAAAGGGCUUCUAUCUCAAUUAUUGUAUUAUAUUAGCAUCUGGGAAUUCAGUUGAAUGACAAGCAUGUGAUUUCAGAAAUAUUCAGUAUAUUAUAGUCCCUGUGUUCAAAGUAAUGGGCGAAAAGAAAUCCAUUGGAAGUUAAACUUGUAGUACAGGUCCUCCCUGGCUAUAAAUGCUCGACUUAUAUAUAGCCGGUAGAUAUGAAUGAGUGUUUGGGACAUUGCAGUAUGGAUUUGCCGGCUGCUGCAGGCAUCUUCGCUGCCAUAUGGGAACAUGGUUUGUGACCACAUUUCCGACUUGCGAACUGUUCGGGUUGCCAACAACUCACAGGAGCGGAACCCUGCCAUAACCUGGGGAGAACUUCUAUAUAUCCAUCCAUGCUUGAAAUCUUCAAGCACGUGAGCUGAGAAAUUCUUUUUGGCAUGUAUGAGAAAUUUUGGACCAAACUGUAAGGCAGAUUUGUGGAAAUAAGGGGAAAUGUUAUGGCAUGGGAUGACUUGUCAUUAAAUUUCCUGGAGGAAGUUUCUAUUUUAUUGCAAAUGCUCCUUUUCACCAAAGUUCCUCAGAGAAGAAACAGACACAAAAAGGUCGUUAUGGGUUAGUAUGUACACUGAAUUGAGCUGACAUUCAGUACGUCAACAUGUUUAGAAUAAGGUAAAAAGUCAAAUGUGAUUCAGUCUGCCAUAUCGAUUAUGGAUAUCUAUUACAUAAUGAACACAGAAAUUGAAAGCUCUGAUGUGAAGCCCUGCAAUGCUCGUUAUCCUAAAGAUCAUUAAAACAUGUGAUCAUGAAACUAGAAUUUUGCAUGUACCAUUAUUAGAUUGCAGAAGCAAGCAGCUAAUUUUGAGCUUUACAAGUUGAACUAAUUGGACAUGUAUUCAAAAUGUAAGCUAUGGUACUCUUUCACUGUCAGCCAUCUAAUUGGCUAGAGCUCAUAAUAUGUGCUUAAGAACAGAAGGAAAGAGCAAAGACAAGUUAGACUGUGAUGGCAGCCUCUCAGCAUUUACACUGUCAAUCCCUUCCAUUUCAUGUGACAUCCUUGUUCUCCCAAACUUGAGAGAAAAUAGAUCAAUUAAACUCAAUUUCUCCUCACAUCCUUGCAUUUCAAAAUUCAGCCUAGUGAACCUAAGCGAUACCUUAGGUGAUCAAAAUCUCUGAUCAUCUACAUUACUACACCAGUCAGAUACUCAUUACCCUUAGUUCCAAAACAUAUCAAUCAAUUUCUUGGACAUAUUCAACAAACAAGUACCCACAGCCCUCUGAAACAGAUAAUUCCACAACCCUUUGAAUGAAAUUUCCCCUCAUCUCAGUCCUAAAUGGUUGACUUGCUAUCUUAGAUGUUCUCGAUUCUCCAGCAAAUAAUGUCUCCCAGAAUUUAUGCUGGCAAACCUUUUCUGGAAUGACAGAGCUGUCAGAUAUUUAGCAGACUAAGCUUGUAUGCUCUUGAAUUUAAAGGAAUGAAAGAUGAUGUCAUCAAAACAAAAAAAAACUCUUAAGGGUUAGGUGUAAGGUUAGUGUUGCCCCUGGCUGGGGUGUCUAGAAUCAGGGGUCAGUUUCAGAAUAAGGCAUCAACCAUUCAAGAGAGAUGACAAAAAAAAUUCUUCACUCAGGUGGUGAUGAAUCUUUGGAAUUUCUUCAGCCAGAGGGUGGUGAAGAUUCA